CCAGGGGCGAUGGAGACAGAGCUACAGCAACAGAAGUUUCUCACCUUGGAAUGCGAGGGACGCUCCCGCAUCCCCUGCACCUCUCCACCUCGGCGUUGUAGGAGGGCCCCAAACUACUUUCUCCACCUCCUCACCCUACUCCCAGCAAGCGAGGAGAAGGCAGCUGAGAGCCCCUACCACGGCUGGCCUUCUUUUUACGUUGUCUGCGGGGAGAAAGGGUGCAAGGGACAGCUUGGUGCUGGGGAACUGACCUCUGGUCUGGUGGGCUUCUGGCUGGGGAGGGCCGAAGAGGAGUGGCUGUGGCUGGGGGACUCCAUGCGGGGGCCAUGGACAGAGCCGCGCUCCUGGGACUGUCCCGCCUGUGCGCGCUGUGGGCAGCCCUGCUCGCGCUGUUCCCUUGCGGAGCCCAGGGAAACUGGAUGUGGUUGGGCAUCGCCUCCUUUGGGGUCCCGGAGAAGCUGGGUUGCGCCAGCUUGCCGCUGAACAGCCGCCAGAAGGAGCUGUGCAAGAAGAAACCGUACCUGCUGCCGAGCAUCCGCGAGGGCGCCCGGCUGGGUAUUCAGGAGUGCAGGAGCCAGUUCAAACACGAGAGAUGGAACUGUCUGGUGACCGCCACCGCCCCGCCUGGCACCAGCCCUCUCUUUGGCUACGAGCUGAGCAGCGGCACCAAGGAAACUGCAUUUAUUUAUGCUGUGAUGGCCGCAGGCCUGGUUCAUUCUGUGACCAGGUCAUGCAGUGCAGGCAACAUGACCGAGUGUUCCUGUGACACCACCUUGCAGAACGGCGGCUCAGCGAGUGAAGGCUGGCACUGGGGGGGCUGCUCUGAUGAUGUCCAGUAUGGCAUGUGGUUCAGCAGAAAGUUCCUAGAUUUCCCCAUCAGAAACACCACCGGAAAAGAAAGCAAAGUACUAUUAGCAAUGAACCUGCAUAACAAUGAAGCUGGAAGGCAGGCUGUCGCCAAGUUGAUGUCAUUAGAUUGCCGGUGUCAUGGAGUUUCUGGCUCCUGUGCUGUGAAAACAUGCUGGAAAACCAUGUCUUCUUUUGAAAAAAUUGGCCAUCUGUUGAAGGAUAAAUAUGAAAACAGUAUCCAAAUCUCAGAAAAAAUAAAGAGGAAAAUGCACAGAAGAGAAAAAGAUCAGAGGAAAAUACCGAUCCAUAAGGAUGAUCUGCUCUACGUUAAUAAGUCUCCCAAUUACUGUGUAGAGGAUAAGAAACUAGGGAUCCCAGGGACUCAAGGCAGAGAGUGCAACCGCACGUCAGAGGGUGCAGACGGCUGCAACCUCCUCUGCUGUGGCCGUGGCUACAACACCCACGUGGUCAGGCACGUGGAGAGAUGCGAGUGCAAGUUUAUCUGGUGCUGCUACGUGCGCUGCAGGAGGUGUGAAAGCAUGACUGAUGUCCACACUUGCAAAUGACCACUCCAUCCAGCCGUGGGUGAGCGUCCUCAGUGACGAACAACAGGAGAACCCCGAGACCAUGCCUCCCCUGUGCAGGGCUGGGGGAUUUGACUCCCCCCUUGGAAUUCCCAGAUCCUCCGGCCUCUCUCUGCCGUCCCUUUACCUGAUCGUUGUCCAAUCAAUCACACACUGAGCAUUCUUGGGAUUCUAAAGUUUAAAACGUUUGGGUUCAUCUUUUGGUGGUUUGGGGAAUAUACUGACACACAAGGAAGAUAACCUGUCUCCUAAGCAAGAAAGACCAGGAAAGAGCCUUCAUGUCGAGAGACCUGGUCCAUUCUCAGGAUAAAAUCCUUGACCGUGGAACUCAGUUAUGGAACUCAGUAGCGGUGGGUAGAUAUUAGUCAUUUUUAAAAGACAUCUCUUACAGCAGCAAGGAGCAGUAAACAUGAAUCUCAUUUAUUCUCUCAGUAUUUUUUACGAAGAAAUCAUACUAAGUGUUUGCUCAUAGAAACAGAAGAUGUUGACAAGUUUAACAGAAGUGGUGAGUGUCUAUUAUCCUUUCAUUCAUUUCAAAAGAAAGGCAAUUAAAACGAACCUUCAAAGGUGAUACAAUGCCCAUAAAAAUUGUUUGCUAGAGAUGUUUAGUGACAAAAUGAAAGACGCGAAAUGUAAAAAGUAAAUGUAUGAUUUGGAUUUUAAGUGACUUUCAACCAGGAGUAUUUAUCUAGAAAAAUAUCAGCAAGAUAUAUAGCAGUCUUUGAUCUUUGGCUUCACACUUUCAUCAGAGACCAGUUUCCACUAUUAAAAACUCAGCUCUGAAGUAUUUGGGAAGGAAGGAAUCCUGAAAGCAUAUGAGGAAAUUGGUGGUAAAAAUAUAAAAGGCUUUCAUACAUUGUAAGGAAAAGCACCCUUUACAUGUGUAAAGACAGUAUUUUGUAUGCUAUUUUGCUAAAUUUUUUUUUAUAUUUUGUAAAUACAGUAUUUAAGUUAUAUGAUACAUAUUGAAACUUAAGAUAUUUAUUGCCAAAGCCCAAGGGCUAAGGCAAUAACAUUAUCUCAGAAAUAAUAUUAGCUUCUGUUUCCUUUUAUACUAUUAACUCUGACUUUUUUUAUACAUUGAGAAAGAUGUUCACUGAACAGUUACUUAUAUGGAUGUGUAUUUCUUGCCAAAGUGGCAAUUUUAUAUGUUAUAGAUUAAACUAUGCUGCAAAAUAUUGAUAAUUAUGUGAUUUCAGAAGAUUAGUUGGAUUCUGUUUUUAAUUAGUUAUGUUUCACUUAUAAUGUUAUUGUAAUAAAUUAUACAGUAAAAGUUUUAACUGGAAAAAAAAGAAUCUAAACUAAAAUAAUUAUUCAUUUGUGGAUGUGAGAGGCUGGAUAUUUAUUAUGUUUUGUUCAAUGCUGCAUUUCCACAUGAAUGUUGAAUGGUCUUUCUUGUUUUAGUAUUCAUGCUUGUAUACUCAUCAUACUUUACAAGAUUCCUGGCAAAAAUUACAGGGCUGUAUUUAAGGUUGUAUUUUAAUGUAAAUGCUAUGUUUUUCUAAGAAUUGUUAAAUAUUUCAGUAUUCUAUAGAAACAAUAGAUUUUCUAAGUUCAGGAUGGACAAAGAAAGAAUAUUCUUUUCCUUAACAUAAGGUAAAGAAAUGUUUACCUGACCCCCAGGUCUCAUUCUAUUUCCUUUCAAUUUUAUUUACCAAGGCAGAGCAAUAAUUUGUGAAAAAGAGCUAACCAUGGAAAAUGACUCUGAUCUAGUAUUAAAAUCAAGGCUAAGCAUUUAACUGUGACCCUUAACAUUUAACGAAAUCAUUCCUUACUGAACGAGAGAUUCCAAAAUGACAAAUGAACACAUAGUGUGCUUAUUUAAAAGAGAGAUUUACCAUUCUUUAGCAUUCACUGAUUAGAACAACCGGAAAGACAGACACUUACUCUUAUGCUAUUUUUUGAAAAGUGUAUGCUAUUUUUUGAAAAGCAUAUCUAUUCUAGCUGCAUUGAAAAUAAGCACUCUUUUUUAAAAGAUGAAGAGUGUAGUUUCCAUUAAUGAGCAAUUUUUUUUUCUAACAACUAGAAAACUUUCCACGAUUAUCUUACCAACCAAAUGUGAGAAUCAGGCAGCCUCUAAAUCACAAAUACCUGAUUAAUAUUCAGCCCCGUCUCUGACAUGCCCGGGCAGGAAAUCCCAGCUCCCAAGCUGCUGUGUCUCUGGGUUCUUCUUUGCCUUCUCCCUGGCAUCACUGUGGAAACUAUCCUUGAAUUUCUCAACUGUUUUAUUGGCCAACAACCCAGCUUCUGCCCGUUUCCUUUCCACUCCGCAUCUGGUACAGGUCCCACCAUGGUGCUCCUGGAAAUACAUGUUCCGGGGCCCAAACGUUUCUUUCCAGUCUAGGCUAUGUGCUUGCAUUGUUUAGGGCUCCUUACGUUGCAGGCAACAAAAAAUGCAACCCCAACUGACAAACAUUAGAAGAAAUGUAUUGACUCAGUAACUGAAAAGUCUAGAGUUAUGACUGAUUCAGGUGAAGCUUGAUCCAAAAGCUCACACUAUGUUCCCAGGGCUCAGGUCUCUCCAUCUCCUGGCCUCUGCCAUGCUGUCUUCUGUUGCAGGCUCCACGGGUCUCUGUGCUAACCCCCAGCACCCCACUCCCAGCUCCAGUCUCUUGGCUUUUCUCAGCAGCAUGGCUGCCACAAUUCCCUCUAGAUCUAACAUUCUCCUACCGCUCAUUCUAAGGAAAGGGAGAGGUCCCUCUCCUCCUUCUCCUCCCCCUGCCCUACCCCGUACCAUCUCCCCUUCCCCCUUCUCCUCCUCCUCCUCCUUCUUCUUCUUCUUCUUCUUCUUUUAAAUUUGUUUUUUAAUUGUUCGCACAGGAGAGAGGGAAAACUUUUAUUUCUCAGAACGCCCGGCAAAGGUCAUCACUGGCUCUGAUUGGUCACUGUGCCUAUCCUGGAGCCAAUCACCAUGGCCACUGGGGUUUGGGCUUGGAUGAUAAAUCCAGUGAUCAUUUUAAAGCAAUCAAGACUCAUGCUGGGAAAUGGUACUAGAGUUCAUUCCAACCAAACUCCCAUAGUUUGGGAACAAGAAAGAGGUGAGUCCAUUGAGAAAAACCAGGGUGUUAUGGUACCACUAAAGGGUCCUCUGUGCCAGAUAGUCCUUAGUUUCAGAGAUGUGUUUAGGAAACAGCUUUCUGGUAUCAUAUGUCUCAGGCUCACAGCCAGACAAUCACUGUGGGUACAAAGUGCCUUGAUUUGUUUAAACGUCCUUUACGAUGUUAGAAGGGGAGGGGAGUUACACUCUAGUGUAUUAAUUUUCAGUUUAGGAGUUCAACUCUUUUGUAAACUUGGAACUCCUGAUAGAGGCAAUGGUUAGUAGCAGUGAUGAUUAUCCUGAAGUGAGAUCAAGAAAACAUAUCCAAUGGCGUUAUCUGUAAUCUCUGGAUAAGAAGUUGACUAAUUAAAGCAUUUCCUUGAUAGUUAUACUUUACACAACA